GGGGGUGGAGAAGAGUGAAGAAGGCAGCCAUGCUCUCGACGAGCGUUCUCCCAGGCAAUCGCCAUUUGCGCUCCUCGUUCCUGCCUGCCGUCUUUGAGUUCGCUGCCUCUCAAAACCUUCGUCGCGCAGCUGGUUUACAAUACCAUUGGUUCAGUUGAAGUAUACAAUUCCGCGUAAAAUAAUAUGUGUCUGGCAUGGUAGGAGCUUGGAGAGUCCAGAAAUUCGCCGUGACAUUGACUGUGUCUGCUAGCGGCGAGAAAUCUAAGAUGACAUCAAGGAAAGGCACGGGUAUCGCCAUUGUAUGGUUUCGGAAUGAUCUACGCAUUUCGGACAAUGAGGCUUUGCUGAAAGCCUGGCAAUCUUCUCAGGCUGUGGUACCAUUAUACGUCGUAGAUCCGCGACUUUAUGGCCAGACUUAUCACUUUGGAUUUCCCAAAACCGGAGAGUUGCGAGCUCAAUUCAUCAUGGAAAGUGUAGCGAACCUUCGUGAUAACUUAAGACAACGUGGAUUGGACUUGAUCGUUCGCCAAGGGAAACCCGAAGAUGUUGUUCCCUCGAUUGCUAAAUCGAUAGGCGCUCAUACUGUUUAUGCGCACAAGGAAACUUGUAGUGAAGAGACAACUGUUGAGACAGGUGUAAAACGGGGUCUAGCAAACUUGGAAGGGGGUCCAAAAAUGCAAAUUCGGUUGGACUUUGUAUGGGGUGGCACUUUGUACCAUUUGGAUGACUUACCUUUCAGUCCAUCUGAACUUCCUGAUGUGUAUACCCAAUUCCGAAAGGGGGUCGAAUAUAAUUGUAAGGUUAGACCAGCUCUGAAAAUGCCGACUCAGAUGGGACCUUUGCCUGAAUCUUUGUCUGAAAAAAUUGGAGAACUCGGAGAUAUACCGACUAUGGCUGAGCUUGGAUUGAAAUAUCGUGAGCAGAGCCCCUUAGGUGUAAUGCAUUUCGAAGGUGGAGAGACAGCAGCUUUAGCUCGACUUCAAGACUAUUUCUGGAACAAGGACCAAUUAAAAAUAUACAAGGAAACGCGUAAUGGAAUGCUUGGUGCCAAUUACUCGACAAAAUUCUCGCCUUGGCUUGCACACGGUUGCUUGUCACCAAGGACUAUACAUGAUGAGGUUAAGCGGUACGAGACCGAAAGGGUUGCUAAUGAUUCUACUUAUUGGGUGCUAUUUGAACUUAUAUGGCGUGAUUACUUUCGAUUUGUCUCCAUCAAGUACGGCAACGCAAUCUUCCAUCUAGGUGGACCACGAAAAGUUGUUGGUAAGAGAUGGAGUCAGAACAGAGAACUUUUCGAAGCUUGGAGAGAGGGUCGAACUGGAUAUCCACUCAUUGAUGCUAAUAUGAAGGAAUUGGCUGCCACUGGAUUCAUGUCGAAUCGUGGACGUCAGAUUGUAUGCUCUUUCCUUGUUCGUGACCUAGGUUUAGAUUGGAGAAUGGGAGGCGAGUGGUUUGAGACGUGCCUUCUCGAUUAUGAUCCUUGCUCAAAUUAUGGCAAUUGGACAUAUGGUGCUGGCGUAGGCAAUGAUCCUCGAGAAGAUCGCUACUUCAGCAUUCCAAAGCAGUCAGCAACUUAUGACCCUGAAGGAGAGUACGUAGCGCAUUGGCUUCCAAGCUUAAAGCAGUCGCCUCCAAAGCAGCGAAACUUCCCUGGAGAUGCAUAUUUGAGACCUAUUGUGCCAUUGAAGUUCGGCAUGGGCAGUGGAGGAAAGCCAAACUAUUCUCGAGCUGGUUAUAAAGGUAAAAACGUUGGUAAAGUUGGCAAGCGUUGAAGGGUGCACAGAGAAAGUUGGCGAAGCUAAGAGGUUCGAGUAUCUGAAGUGAUUAGGCUUACAUUCAAACAAGUUGAUGAACCGAAACCAGCUGUAAAUGGUUUCAAGAAGAUCAAUAUUAUUCAAAGCAUAGCGCCUGGAGAUAUGGAUCAUGGAUGACUAUCAGAAUGAUGGAUGUUUCCAAUUUUAACAAUGGGCAGGUUGUAUGGCUAAUUGUCAAA